CUGCCUGCGACGAGCCAGUGUUAACAGCAGCCGCCUAAGCACGUCCUGCAGGUCUUCAGUAGCCGGCAAGCAGACGGUUCCCACUGUCUGCUUGCAUUUAUGUGACUUGUUAAUCUAGCAGUUAAUGUGAGGUGUCCCAGCUGAAAGGAAGCACAGACAUCUCUUGAGAUUGAAUUAGCUUCCUCAGUAUUGAGACUGACAUACAGAUAACUGUGAUGUGAUGCCCAGAGCAGUGGCACUAUGCCCGCAGCUACUGUGGAUCACAGCCAAAGAAUAUGUGAGGUUUGGGCCACCAACCUGGAGGAGGAGCUGAAGAGGAUCCGACAUGUCAUCCGAAAAUACAACUACAUUGCUAUGGACACAGAGUUUCCAGGUGUAGUAGCCAGACCGAUCGGAGAGUUCAGAAGCAACGCUGACUAUCAGUACCAGUUACUGCGCUGCAAUGUGGAUUUGCUCAAGAUAAUCCAGCUGGGCCUCACGUUCAUGAACGAACAAGGAGAAUACCCUCCGGGAACAUCAACAUGGCAGUUCAAUUUUAAGUUUAACCUCACAGAGGAUAUGUAUGCACAGGACUCCAUUGAACUCCUGACCACUUCAGGGAUUCAGUUCAAGAAGCACGAGGACGAAGGCAUCGAGACGCUAUACUUUGCAGAGCUGCUGAUGACAUCAGGAGUCGUGCUCUGUGAUGGGGUCAAGUGGCUGUCUUUUCACAGCGGCUAUGACUUUGGAUACCUGAUCAAGAUUCUUUCCAACGCUAACCUGCCUGAGGAGGAGGUGGACUUUUUUGAGAUUCUUCGCUUGUACUUUCCAGUCAUUUAUGAUGUCAAGUACCUCAUGAAGAGCUGUAAAAACCUGAAGGGUGGGCUGCAGGAAGUAGCUGAACAGCUGGAGCUGGAGAGGAUUGGACCACAGCAUCAGGCCGGCUCCGACUCUUUACUCACAGGCAUGGCUUUCUUCAAGAUGAGAGAGAUGUUCUUUGAGGAUCAUAUCGAUGAUGCAAAGUACUGUGGUCACUUGUACGGGCUCGGCUCUGGCUCUGCCUAUGUCCAGAACGGAACAGGAAACGCUUACGAAGAGGAGGCUAACAAACAGCAGUCGUGACAUCACUCUGAAACUCUCCCAUCCUGCAGUUCAUCUCCACAGUCAGUGUGGCGCUGAGGCCAAGCUUCGACAGCUGGAUGAAAAUAAUAAUGGAAGAACACAAAACAUAUACAUUGUUUAGCAAGCUGUUUCUCAUAGGCUCUGCCCACCUUAGACAACUGAGUAUGAUGGUCAAAAAAAAAAUCCUAGCUGCCCUCACACAUGUUGCUGCUGCGUGUGUGUGAGUUUAGUCUUUUAUUCCUUCGAGGCAGCGUAGACAGUCUGGUUGGUUCAGUUACAUUUAACAUGCUUGAAAAGAUGGGAUUUUAGUUUUCCUAAAAUGUUCUGUAGAAAUGUUUUGCACUUUAAAGCUCUAACCUGAUUUUAUAUGGAAAGCUGAAAAAGUUUCUGGUGUCUCUCUCCUCUUUGUUGCCUUCUCUAUGUUCCCAUUUUACAUUGCGAACAUGUGAACCUUUAAUAUCAGAACAACUGCUCUCACCACGCUCAGCCUUAAUAUUAGCUGCAUUCUUAUCUUUUAAACUUUAAUUUAUUGUGCUGGUUGCCUGACAUUCAACACUACGACACCGCAAGUCAGUAUGCUCCUCCCCAAUCAUUGAAUUUCUAGUGUGAUAAUGAGAAAGGGAGCCCUCAGUGAGUGUGUUUACGUGCACAUGAAUAGUCAAUGAAGUAUGUUUCAUUUGGUCAUAAGGAAUGUUUAAAAUGACCUUAACAAGCUCUAAUCCCACCGUGAGAAGCCUUUAACUAACAAGCUGGUGCAUUGUGCUUAUAGAUGGGAUGGUGAAAUACGCGAUCAUCCUUUUCUCUGCGUUAUUAGUUGCUGGUUCUCUUUCUUUAUUCACGAUCAUUCUCAGAGUUGUUGCAGUAUGUACCAAGAUGCAUACAAGUGGCUUUUAUUGGGGGUGUGUUGAGUAUUUGUCCAUGUGAACGCCCUCAUUGACACAAGCACAUAUGAACGCAGAUGCAUCACCUCUCAACAUAAUGUCCUGCACUGAUUUUGACCAAAUUCACCAGACCUUAAAAAAACAAUUAAAAACUAUUGAAAAAAACACUCACAAUGCUGGGGCUUCCCUGAACUACUCUUUUGAGAGUAAAGUUUCAUUUUUAAUUCAAAUUAAGGAUUUGAGUUUUAGUGUUGUAAUAAAAGAAGAAAAAAACUUUCACUCGUUGGGGAAAACAUAACAUUGCUUUUUAACAUGAAUCUUUUUCUCUCCAGUGCAGUUAAUUUCUCUUGUAGUUCUGGCCUUUGAAUGAAACAUUUGUGCUUUUUUUUUUAAUGUUUUUGUUUUGUUUUGUUUUUUUGUUUUUUUUGUACUGCUUUCCAGAUUCAUGCUGCCUAGAACAGACGCAUGUACUAAAAGGUUUGAAUAAAUGCUGUGUUGUUGAAUAGUAUCCUGAACUUCCAUAGGUGUGUGUUGAAGUGUAGGUUCAUGACUUAUUAACCUCCCUCAGCAUCAGAACGUGAUAACUGAAACACUUUUCUUUCUUUCUGCAGCAUAUCUCUCACACUGUAAAGGAGUAAAAGAAGAAUAUGCAAUAUACAAGAGGAUUGUUUUUAGAUUAUUUUGUAAAUAAA